UCCCUCACUUUCCCGGGAAAAUGCCUAGAAAACGCAAACAACAAGUUCCAGGCGUACUAUGGCGUCUAUUCCGAAACAAAGCACGAACCCUCACAGACACAAUCCUUUCCUUGCUUCCUUCUCCAUCUCCUUCUCCUGACCUUUGCCAUUGCAAAGGACGGAGUUGUCUUGGCUGUAGCUCCGAUGCCAGGUCGUUUCUUGUUAGACCGAAUGAUCCUUCCGAUUAUCACAAACUUCUGAAGAACUGUUACGUUGUUGUUUCGGAAAAUGCUCCUCCUAUUCGAUUUUUCAUCCCGCAUUCACAUUGUUCACAAAAUCAGAUUGUGCAGAGCAUCAUUGAACUGAUGUUAUAUCGAGUGGACCCAGCCUCUGCCAAUGUGUUGUGCUCUGAUUAUGAUAGGACUAAAUGUUCAAGCCCUAAUGUGGAGCUUUUAUCCUGUGCAUCUUGGUGUCUUCUAUUGAGUAGGGUUGGGGAUGAUUUUAUGGUUUACCUACUAAAGAAUACAUCAAUAUUCUUGCCAGCUUCCCAUGGAAAACACUACCAGGUUGGAGGUUCUCCAAUCAGUCGUCUAUGCUUUGAUAUGUUCAAGAAGUGUUCAUCAAAGAUUGACACUCAGCAGCCUUCACUUCAUAAGCGCGGAGCGCAAAAGAGAAAAAGAUCUGCUGAUGCUGAUGACUCAGCAGUACAAAAUCAAAAGCGCCACAUUUCUUGCAAUGCCGAUGGUCCCAUGAUCCCUACUCAGUGGUAUCGAAGACUUGUCAGUCAAACUGAGAUUACUUGCAAUACUAAUGGUCCUGUUGGCUUUGCAAGUAAUAUCGGCUUGACUGAUAAGUCUUCAAUACAACUGAGUAGGGAUCAUGGGAGCAGUAGUUAUGAUGUCAGUGUCUCUGAUGCUCUUAAGUCUACAAGAACUGCUACUAUGAUAAAGAAGUCAGAUUCAGAAGGGAAACCAGACUUAAAUUGUAUUACAACUAAGCCUGGAAAGCGAUCUAGGCCAUUUCGUUGGAAGAGGCUUAGAUGUAAAAAACAGAAGCAAUCAACCAUUGAAGAAGAUAAUCUAAAUACGGAAUGCAAUUUGCUUCCUAAUAAUACAGAUGGCUUGCAUGCUAAUUUACAGCAAGACAACACCAGCUUAAGCUGUCACGAAAAGCUGCAGAGGUUGCGGAAAUGUUCAUGCUGUUUAAUCUUACAUUCUCUUCCGACUGUUCCUAAGUGGACUGAUAUCAAAAGGAAAUACAUUUUUUAUAAUCUGGAGUCUUCGCUCUCAGUUCUUCCGAAGAAACAUAUUUUAUAUUCCUUAAAGCCAAAUUUGGCUUGUUCGAAAUAUCUCACUGGCAACAUUUUUGGCUUCUCAGAUGUAAAUGACAGUGCUCAGCCAGUGCCAUGUUCCCACAGCAGUGGUUCGUGUCUCAUUGACUCUGCAUGCCUGUAUCACUCUCUUGUUAAAUGGUUUAAGAAUAUCAUUCGUAGGGCACGGUGUUGCCAGCCUGCAAAGUUCUUGGAUAAGCAUUGUGUUGUUCCAUCAUUGGAUCAACAUACAAAUGAAAGAUCUAGCUCCAGACUUGAGGACAAUGUAUCAGAAACAAAUAUACAUAAGAUAUAUAUGGAGUUUGAUACUCCACAUUGCACAGAUACUGUGGAAGUAAUAGAUUCACAGUGUGAGGCAGUUAAGUCAUGCUGCUCAAAAAGUCAAGUGGUAUCUUUCAUAUGGGCUGUUUCUCGGAGUUUACUUCCUUCUGAAUUACUAGGUACUCCUUCUAAUUGGAGAAUAAUGAGGAGAAAUAUAUCCAAGUUCAUACAGCUACGGAGAUUUGAAAAAUUCCCUUUAAAGCUAUGUUUGCAUGAACUGAAAACUUCAAGGUUUCCAUUCCUGUCAAAUAAAUAUUUCAUGAGUAGUCAAAAUGCAUGGAUUCUUAAGUAUUUAGAAGGACAUGAUAAAGUCCUUCAUAAAGAAUUCAGAGAUUGGAACAAUGAUGUACAUGGUGUCAAACGUAAGCUUCUUGAGAAGUGGAUGUUCUGGUAUUAUUCUUUUCUGGUUGUGCCUUUGGUGCAAGCAAACUUCUAUGUUACUGAAAGUGAGCAAGGGAAACAAGACAUUUACUAUUAUAAGAAACCAGUUUGGGAGAAGCUAAAUAAAAGCACUAUUGCUUGCUUCAAAGACUUGAGAUAUAGUCACUUGGAUGAUGUGGCCUUGCAUAAUAUUCUUAGAGGUAGACCAUUUGGAUUUUCAAAGCUCAGACUUCAACCUAAAGAAAAUGGAGUAAGAAUGGUGGCAAAUCUUAAAGGUUCUUCAAGAUUGCCUAUGCUUGAGUCGACUAUGGGAGUUCCAUAUUUCAAAACUGAAAGGAAAGAAAAACAUCAGAAAAUCAAGUUUGAAUAUUACCGAUCGGUGAAUUAUGUUCUUCGUGAUGCACAUACUAUUCUUAAAGGAAUUCAGUUCAAGCAGCCUGAGAGGCUAGGUUCUUCAGUAUUUGAUUACAAUGAUGUUUAUAAAAGACUCUGCCCAUUUUUGGUUAGCCAGAAGAAUGGAUUGACACCUAUGUCUUCUUUAUUCAUUGUCACAUCUGAUGUUUUGAAGGCAUUUGAUUCUGUUGAUCAGGAAAAGCUGCUUGACAUAAUCAAGGAUGUACUGGCCAAAAAUGAAUAUUUUCUUAAACAGUAUGAUCAAGUUAUUUGCACAAAGAACUCUCUGUGGGUUCAAAAGCAAUUUACUAUGCUCAAUACAACGGGAAACACUGGCCAUACUUUGUUCAGAUCAUUUGCUUCAUCCCGGCAUGCUGUCUUUGUUAAUCAGGAACGGCAGAAGCAUGUGAAAAAGAAAUUGUUAUUUUCAUAUCUAACGGAGCAUGUGAAGCACAAUGUGUUGCAGUUUGAUGGAAAAUUUUACUUGCAAGGUAUGGGUAUUUCCCAGGGAGGGAUUUUGUCAUCUUUGCUUUGCUCCUUAUAUUACGGUCAUUUGGAGAGGAAUGUGAUAUUUCCAUUCUUUGAAAAAACACUUGAAUCUGGAAGUUGCAAGGAGAAUAAAUCUAUCAACACCAACAGUGGUGACUCAUCACCAUGUUACCUGCUAAUGCGAUUUAUUGACGACUUCUUCUUUAUAUCAAACUCAAAGAAGCAGGCUACCAGCUUUUUCUCCAGGCUGAAAAGAGGAUUUCGUGGUUACAACUGCUACAUGAAUGAGAAAAAGUUUGGUGCAAACUUUGAUGUAGAACAGAUACCAGGCUCCUCAUUGAACAGGGUUCGUGUGGGCAAAGACGGUGCUACUUCAUUUGUACGAUGGAGUGGUCUUCUUAUCAAUUGCUCCACUAUGGAAAUUCAGGCUGAUUACACAAGGUACUUGAAUAACCAUUUAAGCUCGACGCUCACUGUUUGCUGGCAAGGCAAACCAGGCAAUCAUCUGAAGGAGAAGCUGCGUCUCUUUCUAAGACCUAAAUGCCAUCCUUUAUUCUUUGACUCGAAUAUCAAUUCGGCUGCAGUUGUCAGAUUAAAUGUUUAUCAGAUGUUUUUGAUAUGCGCAAUGAAGUUUCAUUGCUACAUCCGUGACCUAUCAUUUGUUUGCCAACUUCCCAAAAGAUAUUGUUCAGACAUUAUUCAGAAAUCUUUGAGAUACAUGCACAUGCUGAUAAAGAGAAGGAUGCAUUCAAUGCGUAGGAAUUCUAGUAUCCGGCCGAUUCUCAAGUUGAAGAAGGGAGAAGUUGAAUGGCUUGGAUUUCAUGCUUUUAUACAAGUGCUAAAGAGAAAGGAAUCACGCCACAAGAAGUUGCUAUCAGUUUUGAAGUCAAAGUUGUUGUCACAUAGAAUCUCUGGGAGUGUUUCACGUGAACUCAAGUACGCUGUUGAUGCUGAAAAUUCUUCCUUGCUAUGGAAAAUCAAGACCCAACUCUGAAUCAGUGAGAAGAUAAUUUGGUAUCAAGUUCAAUUGUGGAAGAAUGAACAUGAAAGACUGAAAAAGAGAGUUUGCUUAGUUAUCAUUAUAGAAUUUAUAGUUCUUAAUUGCUGUUAUUGAGUUUUGUUGUAAUUAUGUUAAGGGUUAAGGGUAGUUUAGUCUUUUUAACCCCUACUAUAGUCCUUUUUGUAACUCUUGUAUUGUUCACUUUUGCUAUCUAAUUUCUAACCCUAACAAAGGUUCUUCCUCUUGUUUUCUUUAU